AUGGGUUAAUGUUCUUCAUAAAAGAUUAAGUAAUCAAUGAGAGCAAAGAUUCAAGAAGCGAAAUAAAAACAAUCAUAAACAACCACUCCAAAUAGGCAGACGACUUAAUUGAAUGGAGUGAGGUCGUAAUCUCGGCACAAUACACAUUCAGCAUUUUAAUCUCAUAAUGAUUUGAGUCAGCCAGCAUAUAGUUUGAAAAACAUCAAUUUUUUUUUGGUCUAUAGAAAUACAAAUUUUUCUUCCUUUUAUAGCUUACUUAAGUAGGAAGAUAAAGAUUUUCCAUUCACCACUAUUUAACACAACAAUACUGGAAUUGUAAGAAUUAUUAAAAGCUAUAAAUCUUCUGAUUCAAAAUACAUAGCAUCGCUACUCAAAUAUUAACUUCAUCAUCCAAAUUUAAUACAAUAAUUCGAAAUUUAUGAGGAAUAAUAAAAAUAUCAUGUAGCUGAAGAGAACAAUGAAAAAAUAGUAGUGCUAAAUUCAAAAAUUUAUAAUGAUGAAAAAGAAAUUGCUUUUAUUUUUAAUUAGAUAGUUGAAGUUAUUGAAUAUCUGCAUCAUUAGAAACUGACUCAUGGACAUCUAACAUUAGAAUGCUUUGCUCUUUUCGGGGAUAAAUACUUAAAACUAUAUGAUUUGUACCAUUUAUUUAUGAAGAAAAAGCCAACUCUAGAAGAAUCACAUUACUUACCACCAGAAUAUUUCGAGAAUCAAGAAUAUUCUGAGGAAAGAGAUAUUUGGUCUUUGGGAAUAAUACUAUAUAAUCUACUUUAUCAUAAAUCACCAUUUCAAUCCAACAUUGCCAGCUUACUAAAAUUAGAUGUAUAAGCUUCUAAUAUUUCUUAUGAGAACAAAAUAUCGGAUGAGGCUAAAUCCUUGUUAUAGUAAAUCUUAGAGAAAAACCCAAAAAGCAGAAUCACCAUAAGCGACAUUACAAAACAUAUUUGGUUUAAAAAAUAAUAAAUUGUCUUACCAGAAGAGUAGGUUAGAGAAACCUUGUUAAGACUCAGAGAAUCAAAAAAACUUAACAUUUUAUAAGUGUAUUUACUUAAAUUCAUUAUUAACAAUUAUCCACCUGAUAAAUUAAGAGAAAUAUAUUCGGUUUUUCGAUCACUUGAUUUAGAUAACGAUGGAUAUUUUAGUAUUUCCGAACUUAUCACUUCAUAUACUGAAUAUGUUGAGGAUUCGAACAACACUAAAAUUAUAUGCAUGAAUAUUUUUUAAAAGGUAGAUAUGGAUAAGGAUAAAAAGAUCACUUUUUAAGAAUUUAUUUUAUAUGCUUUUGAUCGUAAAGAGUUAAUUGAAGAAGAAAGGAUAGACAUAAGUUUCAAAUUAUUAAAAAAUAAAAAGAACUUUAUUACUGCAGAAACAUUGGCUACUUAAUAUACUUUAGAAAAAGAAUUUUUUACAGAAAUUAUGAUAGAACUUCUAAAAAAAGACUAUAUGACUUUCCAAAACUUCAAAGAUCUUAUGAAUAAAACAGUUUGA